AUGGCAGACCCCAGCAGGAUGCAAGAAGAAUGGAAAUCGCCUGUGUUUAGGAAUAAAAUAGUGGCACGACUAGAUGAUGCCAUGCGCAACAGUCAGUCACAGAUUUCAAAGUCUGGCAUCGAAAUGGAAGAUUUUGUCUUCAACAAGGCCAAGUGCAGGGAAGAGUAUUUGGAUUUAGUGGCCAGAGUUCUUUUGACAGUCAGUGAUCAAAACAAGGACAAGAAGCUGGGUCAGCCCGGGAUGGUGCCCCCCAACAUGGGUCAGGCAGGGAUGUCUGGAGGGAUGCGAACCCAGGGAGUCAUGCAGGACCAGGAUCCCAUCAAUGCCUUGCAGAAUCUGGCAGGCCAAGGGAGUGGAGGAAUGGGGCGAUCCCAGCAAGGUGGAAUGAUGCAAAGCAUGCAUGGAAUAGCUCCUGGCAACCAGCAGCAAGUUCAGAUGGUUCGGCAGCCCAUAAUGCAGCAUGGCCGGGGGAUGCCGCAGAGGCCACCGCAACUCCAUCGACAGGAUGCUUUUAUGGUGACCUCGCCUCAGUCCAUGCCUGGUGUACCAGGACAGUCCAUGCACAGCACAGCCCAGGGAAUGGGUUACCAACACUCAGGAAACACCAGAAAUAUGGUGCCAAUGAACAUGCAAGGAUCAUAUAUGUCCCCACUGGCCAUGGUGCCUUCCCCACAUGUGAUGAUGUCUCCAGCCAUGAGAAUGGGAGCUCCGUCUCCAAACACCAUGCUGCACACUCCAGAUUGUUGUCUCUACCCAGGUACCACUGUGGUUGACCCCAGCCCCGGUCCCCCCAGCACGUCCCAGGAAGAGGUGGAGUAUGUCAAGAAGCUGGACAAGCUGUCCCGGUACAUUGAACCCCUGCGGAGUUUUAUCAUGGACCUGGAGAAAAAGAAUGAUGAAGAGAGCAAGAAGAACCAUAAGAAGAUGAAGAGCCUUCUGGACAUCUUGUCAAAUCCCAAGAAAAGAGUCCCGAUGGUAGUACUGGAGAAAUGCGAGCAGGUCCUGUUGAAACUGGUGAGUUCUUCUGGUACAAUCAGCACCAGCAGUUCUAGUGGUCCUCAUGGACACAUGUGCCAGCCGUUGCUAGACGCUGUGGCCCACUUCUCAGCAGCACCUCUGCUGAAUCAUUCACUGUAUCGCACUUUUGGCCCGGCUUUGGAAGCUUAUAUGGGACCUCCUAUCACAGCUCCCAGCCCACCUCCCAGCAAAAAGAGGAUGGCAGAGGAUACCAAGGAGUCUCUGGAUGAACUUCCAGAUUUGGUUCAGGGAGAGAUAGCUCGCCUUGGAAGCAGGUUUAUCGUGUCUGUAGACCCCCGACAUCAUUCCAGAUCUGAUGUCUUCCACCUGGUCUGCAAGUUAG